AUGAAUGUGCCAUCCAUAAUGGACUCCUCCCUAUACUGCCAUCUGAAUACAGAGGCGAAGCAGAUCCGCCUUUUCCACCUCGAGCCCGCUGCAUCCUAUGAGGAUGACCUCGUGGGUAAUUUGAGCACCGUGUCACUCUUGGACAAUCCGCAGUUUCAAGCCCUCUCGUACGUCUGUGGUGACGCUAAGAACCUCAAGCCCAUGAGAUUGUCUGGGACCGAUGUAUCAAUCUACAAGAAUCUGGACAGAGCCUUGCGCCAUGUGCGCUCCGAGGAAGUCGCCUUGACACUGUGGGUCGACCAACUGUCUAUUCAUCAGGCGAACCUCGAGGAGCGCUCGCAGCAAGUGCGUCUCAUGUCUGACAUAUACAACGCGGCUCUUGAAGUGCUCGUGUGUAUAGACUCCAAAAGCGACACCCUUCCCGAAGAACACAAGCACGUCUUGGGUGUGGUAGAAACAGUCAAUACACUUGGACGGCUGCACAGAGACGAACACUACCAGAGACCCAUUGAUCUUCGUGGAACAUGGAGUGAUCUCCUCAGGUUCUUUAAGAACGGAUACUGGUUUCGCAUGUGGACGACGCAAGAACUGAUCUUGGCAAAGAAGGUCACGUUUUACUACGACAAGUACCCGAUAUCUGGCGAGACCGUCGAUGCGUUCUACACAUGGUAUGUAAAGCAUAUGCGCUACGGAGGGUGUUGUCGAGUGGGGGAUCGCAGCACCUUGAUUGAUUCCGCCAUCGACAUCGCCGUGCGAGCGUACGCUACCACAAGAGAAAAUCAAAUAGCCAAGCGAGAAGGCAAGGUCUUCAAGCUGCUUGAUCUGCUGUCCAGCGUACGCCACAGGCUCACUACCGUCCUUCAUGACAAGGUAUUUGCGCUCGCUGGACUGGCGCCACUACCUGCCGAGAUCCUGGACUACAACGCUACGGCGGAGGUCACAUUCGAACGGGUCGCCGUCUACCUCAUUGAGUCAACAGGCACUCUCGACGUUUUUAACCACCUCAGCACCAAUGGGCCUAGUUUUGGAAGCGUGUCAGUCGCCCAAUCAUCUGCCAGAAACGUACGCAAUGACUACGAUCGUCUGCCGAAGCUGGCAUCCUGGAGUCCAGACUGGUCCAUGUACUUCAAAAGCGCAGAGAUGAUUAUGUUGGGCGAGCGGUUGGAAUUGCUGCCGCUAUACUGUGCCUCGGGCACAAUGGUUGCCUCAGUCAAACACACGGGCCCGAAGCUUCUGGUGCCUGGUGUCCGCUGCGGCGUCAUAGCAAAAGUCGAAGUAUGUUACGAACGGCCCCUGAUCUUCAACAUCGGCAUGAUCCAGGCCUGGAGCAAAUUGGCAAGUGUCACUCUCGACGACCCGCAGAUGUCCCAUGGCUAUCUCACCAGUGCCAAGCUCCGCUUCAUUGUGGCACUAACCGGUGGCAUCGGUGUCACAGCAGACGGUGCAUUUUUCCUGAUGAAAAGCCGGGAAGAUUAUCUUCGCAACGAGUACCUGUUCACCUACUGGUGGCAAUUAAGAAUGCGAGAGGAGAAGGAGUUUACCGUAUAUUGUCCUCGGGAUAGUGUUGACGUCGUCCAGUACUAUGACGAAGAGUAUAUGGAGAGCUUCGCCGCACAGUACGAGUAUGCGUUGAGACGGAACUGCAUCCUUCGAUGUUUCGUUGUCUUGGAAGACGGCAAGUUCGGCUUCGCUCCUCCUACAGCGAUGGUUGGGGAUUUAAUCUGUGUUUUGAAGGGAGGCAGGACACCCUUCGUGCUGGGCACUGGGAAACGGGUCUGGACGUCGCGAGCUGGGCGUGCCAGAGCCGGACCACGCACCAGCAUCCAGAGGAGCGAACCGACGCCCGAAGAAGACGGCUGCUUUCAGCUGGUUGGCGAUGCGUACAUUGAAGGCUUGAUGAACAGUUCCGUGUUGACAGAUGCGAAGGAGAUGGAAGACUUCGUCUUGGUGUGA